AUUCAGAGAAAUGCCCGUGACGUCAUCGCUGUACCUGAGUUUCGGCAGAGGGUGAAACUCUCGAGCAGAGAUUCAGACACACAUGAAACUCAGUUUCACACACUUUCACACGGACACACGGAUAUUCUGCGAGUCGUAUCUCUCACCUGUGACUGACAUACACAGACAUUAAACACGUUUAUUCAUAAAAACCGUUCGUUUUGGCGGCAAAGGCCUCAGGAGUGCUGCCUUUUCCUGCUUUGACGCGAGCGCUUCCUGAAACCCUCAGCCGGUGUGAUGUCGUCUCAUCCACGGCGUGUGCGUCUGAAGCCCUGGCUGGUCUCUCAGGUGGACAACGCUACGUUUCCUGGGCUGGUCUGGCUGGAUAGAGACGCCAAACGCUUCCAGAUCCCCUGGAAACACGCAACACGACACACACCGCAGCAGGAGGAGGAGAACACCAUCUUUAAGGCCUGGGCAGUGGAGACGGGGAAGUAUCAGGAAGGAGUGGAUGAACCGGAUCCAGCUAAAUGGAAAGCGCAGCUCAGAUGUGCUUUAAACAAGAGUCGCGAGUUCAACCUCAUCUACGACGGCACGAAAGAGGUUCCCAUGAACCCGCUGAAGAUCUAUGAUGUGUGUGACAUCCCACAGACGCCCAGCAACCCUGGUUCAGUUCCCACAUACGAGACGGAUGGAGAUGAAGACGACAUCCCAGACACUCCUGAACCUCCUCCACCAUAUGCAUCACAUGGCAUGAGUGCGUCUCCUCUGGCUGCGGUCUGGACUCCUCCAGGCUCCGUGUCUCCUCUUCAGCCGUCCAGUUGUGCUCCUCCUCCUGCUCUUCCUCCUCCCCCUGCUCUUCCCCCUCCGGCCGCCACCGUUCUUCCGGCCGCCGCCGCUCCUCCUGCUAAUGUUUGGCCCAAGAAGGAGCCGGAGGACGUGGAGAUGCAGCCGCCCCCCAUGGAGAUACAGACGCCCACCGCUCUCGACAACCUGUUCAUCACGCCGGAGACCUGGAUCAGCUCUCUGCCCAUGACGGAUCUGGAGGUGCAGUUCUACUACCGCGGUAAAGAGGUGUGUCCCCCAUUGACGGUCAGUAACCCGCAGGGCUGUCGUCUGUUUUACGGGGACCUGGGCCCCAUAGUGAACCAAGAGGAGCUGUUCGGCCCCGUGAGCCUGGAGCAGGUGCGCUUCCCGCCCACAGAGCACAUCGCUAACGAUAAGCAGCGCGUGUUCACUAGCCGGCUGCUGGACGUGAUGGACCGCGGGCUCAUCCUGGAGGUCAGCGGGCACGACAUCUACGCCGUGCGCCUCUGCCAGUGUAAGGUGUACUGGUCCGGUCCCUGCGCCCCCAACCCAAACGCUCCCAACCUGAUCGAGCGCCAGCAAAAGGUCAAGCUCUUCUGCCUCGAGUCCUUUCUCAGCGGGGUGAUCACUCAUCAGCGUGGUCAGUCUUCUGAUGCUCCUCUUUAUGAUAUUCACUUGUGUUUUGGAGAGGAGUGGCCCGACGGUCGACCCCGAGAGCGCAAACUCAUCAUGGUGCAGGUGGUUCCAGUAGUGGCUCGUAUGAUCAGCGAGAUGUUCUCCGGCGACUGCACACGUUCCUUCGACAGCGGCAGUGUGCGUCUGCAGAUCUCCAUCCCGGAUAUUAAAGACAACAUCGUGACGCACCUGAAGCAGCUGUACCGGCUCCUGCAGACGCACCAGGGGCCCGAGAACUGGCCGCUGCCACCCGGGGCCGCCCUGCAGCUCUCCUCCGCCCUGCACACGCAGUAACGCUCAUCACACACACGCUUUUAUACACACUUCUGUGUGUGUGUGUGUUUAGUAGAGUGUCGGUUUAUGUUUGAGUAAGUGUGUGUUUUGUGUAUGCGUUUGUGUGUGUGUGUGUGUGUUUGUAUGUUUGUUUAUGUGUGUUGGUUUUUGUCUGUGUAUGUGUGUGUGUUGUGUAUGCAUUUGUGUAAGUUCGUGUUUGUAAAUUUGUGUGUGUGUGUUUUGUGUGUGUAAGUUUGUGGGUGUGUUUUGUUUGUGUGUGUUUGUGUGUGUUGGUUUUUGUCUGUUUAUGUGUGCAUGUGUGUGUUUUGUGUAUGCAUUUGUGUAAGUUUGUAAAUUUGUGUGUGUGUGUGUGUGUGUGUGUGUGUAUGUAAGUUUGAUUAUGUGUGUGUGUUUGGUUUUUGUCUGUUUGUUUUGUGUGUGUGUAUGUGUGUGUGUGUGUUUAUGUGUCUGCUUGAGUGUGUAUGUUUGUGUGUGUGUGUCUGCUUGAUUUUUGGUUUGUGUGUAUGUUUGUGUGUGCGUGCGUGUGUGUGUCUGUUUUGUUUUUGUCUGUGUGUGCGUGUUUUGUGAAUGAUUUGUGCUUGUGUAUAUGUGUGUCUCUGUGUUUGUGUCUGAGUUCAUUUGAGUGUUGGUUUGUGUGUGUGUGUGUGUGUUUUGUAUGCGUUUGCUUGCUUGUGUGUGUGCGUGUGUGUGUAUAUACUGUAUGUGUGUGUUUUGUGCAUGCAUUACUUUGUGUGUGUGUGUGUGUCUAUUUGAGUUGUGUGUGUUACUUUUAUACACGCUUUUGUGUUUUUACUGCAGACGUAUGUUACGCCAUUAUUAUCCUCCGCCACUUCUGUUUAUUCUCCUGCUUCCGCUGUGAAGAUCUCGUCGUUCGUUUGUGUUUGUCUUUAUUUUAUAGCGUGUUCCUGUGUUUGAUGUGCUAGUGUGUAGAUUUGUCCCGUAAUGUAUGGAUUUAUAAAUACAAAUAAAAAAAA